GUCAUUUUACAAUGAAUUACAUCGAUGUUUUGUAUGAGAUGAGAACCAAUCCGAAGUAAAGUUAAUAUUUCAUCAUGUACAGCCGUUUUAUGUGUAAUAGUUCUACUGUUCGCUUCACGUACACGGUAUGUGGCUCACAGAUGAAAAAUAACUACUACUUGGACCUAUAUCGUUUUAUAUCGCAAACAGUGAGGACAAAUCACAUGUUCUUAUGUAUGGAAAAUCAAACGUCUCACAAUGUUAUCGCAGACUUUUACUUGCUGUCAAUGAGAAAUGUAAUAAAAAAAAAAAAUCCCUGAUACGAGUUUCACCAAAUGGCCAAAACAAGGAGACUUUUUAUUUUAUUUUUUACAUUCUGAAUAAAUCGUGAUAUACGUUCCCGACUACACCGAGUGUAUUUAGAAAUGUGCAUAAAUGUUUUUCAUCUAUACCUUUAAUAAAACGUGGGACUUAUACGUUGGAUGUAUGUUUCCUAUCAAAUAUAGUAUGUUCAGUCCUUGCAUUAGAUUAAUUUUAGAGUUAAACAUAGCGCUCCUUUGGGGAAACAUUUUAUAUGUCAUUCAUUUGAAGGGAUUUGGAAUUCAUCAAGACAAUUUGAAGGCUUUUAACUUACAGACACCAAAAGCAUAGCACGCAUUUAAUGAAUAAAAUAAUGGAAUAUAAUAGAUUUUUUUUAGCUAAUUAUAUUUCUCUAUUGUCAGUGAAAGACUCAUCCCAGAGAUAUCCUACUGGGCACAUACGUCUAUUCCACGUCGGUUCAACGUCAUUUCGUUGAAAUGGCGUGGAAACAACGUUGAUUCAGCCAGUGUGUGCUCAGUGGAAUAUGACUCUGGACCAAACAAUAAAUGAUGUCAACAUUACUGAUAUCAAAACACAUAUUUCAAUAAUUUCUUGAAUUUGGCCCAUAGGCUAUGUAUAGAUAGGCCUAAAGAUUAAGAGAUGUCUUCACAAAAUAAAUCCCAUUUAAUUUAUUCUGGUAUUUUCAAGAACAGAAUGGGGAAAUCGCCAAAGGCCAAUUUUCAAACAGAAACUAGGCCUACAUUGCCCUUUUUAGAAUCCGUCUGAGAGUAUUAAGGCUUGGUUUCACAUCUCUGUAAGGAAUAAGCACAACGAAAUCAGCUCACUAAUUUGUAAACAAACAAUAAUUGAUCUCCAAUUAGUGGCUAUAAUACAGCACGAAACAGUGGACAUUGCAAAUAGAGCAAUAUGGCUACAACAUGUGAUCUUGAAGGCCAUUUUCAUUUGUAAUAUUCAAAUAUUGACACUGGAACUUUGGGCAAACGUCAGGUGUGCAUAUCAUUCGUUUGUUGCUGACUGAGUUGGGUUGGGGAGAGCUUUUGGUGCGUGUGUCUCUCUCCAACACGGUUUAAAAUGACCGGGUCUCUUCCCAGCUUGUGAUUGGUCCAUGAGAAUCCUACCUACGCGCAAACAAAGUAACUGAAUGUUGUAUGGGAGUGAUGGUACUCCGGGAAUUCAGACAUAACUUUGCAGAAGGAGAACAAACCCGCUUCUCAAAAAAAAUAUCCAACGGAUUCCACAUUUAUUGCCUGAAGUUAAAGGUUCUACAUGUUUAUCAGAAUGAAGAAAUCUGAAGACAGUGGCAGUAAAGGAUCAUUUACAUCAGUUUCCAAUUUUACUAUUCAGUCAAUUCUUGGAACUGGGUCCGAGGACGCGCACAAGGACAGUUGUAAUUCUAGUUCCGACGCGGGGCUGCUGCUGCAGAGACAACGCAUGCGCUCAGUGUCUUCAGAAGGAUUCAGCGGUGGGGAGGAUUCUACAGACUUCUACCCUUUACCCGGAGAAAAGAAACCACGCAAUGACCUCAAUGAGCUCACACUUUCUUCUCUAAGUGACAAAAACAGACUAAUUCUGGGGCAAGAGAUGGUGAAGAGACAUCAACUUUUUCACGAUUAUAAAGAAGGUGACGAGAGACACUACAACCAAACAUCACCUGCUAUUUCAGAAGAAACGGGUAAUAUUGACGACGACAAAACAUCCAACUCAUCCAGAAAGAAGUCUCGGACCGUAUUCUCACGGAGUCAGGUUUACCAACUAGAAUCGACGUUUGACAUGAAACGUUACCUUAGCAGUACAGAACGAGCUAGUCUCGCCUCCAGUCUCCAGUUGACAGAGAUACAGGUGAAAACUUGGUUCCAGAAUCGGAGGAACAAGUGGAAACGUCUGCUUUCUGCGGAGAUAGAAGCGGUGAACACGGCUCACGCAUCAUCCACACAAACUCUGGUUGGGAUGCCGUUCUACUUCAAAGAGAAUUUCCGGCUACGGAUUCCUGUCCCUGGAUCAAUGACUUUCCCUACGCCUCUAUGUUAUCCCGGGAGCAGCAUGCACGCUUUACCUUUGUACAAUUUUUAUAAUAAAAUUGAAUAGAAUGAUUGCCAGAUAGCCCUUUUGUAGUCUAAUUCAUUAAAUUACAAACUAUUUAUAUUGCCAUUAUUAGGCUGUGCCAUAGGCCUAUUUUAUUACAACACACCGGAUCAUGAAUAACCUUACACAAAAAUGUGUACAUAUCCUUCCACUGCCUCCCAGUGUUUUUUAUUCUCUAGAUUCUUAGGGAAAAAAACGUUCUGGAUCGAAACAAAAAGGGUUCUAUUGCUCGCUUCAUAUACUGCAUGGCCUCCCCGCAGGGGUUCUUCUUCACUUAACCAAAAUUGGUUCCAUAUAGAACCCUUGGGUUCCAUAUAGUGUUCUAAAUGGGAUUCCAUAUAGGAUUCUGUAACCAAUUUCGGUUCUAUAUAGAACCUUAAGCGGUGCCAUAUAUCCCUAUAUGGUUCUAUGCAGAACCUGUUUUUUCUAAGAGUAUAGCCUAAAAUAAGGCUAUAGCGGUAGGUCACGUCAUUCAGUCCUGUCCUAUCAUGAAACAAUACAGUGUUUAUGAGCUACACAUUUCAUAACGAACGUCGCAAACGUGAGAAAAUGGUACUUCAAUGCUGGAUGAUUUACCUGACGCAUGACAAAUGUUACGAACCGGCUGAUGCAAACAUGAAAUGCCGGUAAAAUUGUAUAAAUGCCGACAGAAAAUGUGUUCGUUCGACACGGUGGGAUCUUUUUGUGUCGGUAAAAUUAAUUAUGAUGAGAAAUAGCGGUGGAAAUGCCUUUAUGCGUAAAUAUUGAUAUAAUAACCAUUAUAUCGAAGUAAACUUGGGAGUCACGUAAUAUGCAGUGUGGUCCUCCCAUUUUGACUCAGGAAAGCAUGCAGUUUAUUAGGCUGCAGAUUAAAUAAAUGAUGAUGAACUUCACAGGAUGGUGAAUGUGCAAGGUGAUUAGCUUGAUGCUCCUUUCCAAUCAAUAUCAUCUGGC